GGUCCGGAGAUGUUAGCGCUGGACGGGAGGAGACGAGACUCGUGCGUGGUCAACUCGCCUCAAUGGUUAACUGGCAAGACGUGCAAGACUUGUGCGUCACUUCCCACGAGGCGGCCUUCAUUUCAUGUUCUCCUGCCGGCCAAAGCGCGCCAAGAUCCGCUAGCUUAGCAGCUACACGUCGUCAGGCCACCCGCGUUGUUACCGGCCCUGCGUCUCCACGUCACGCGUGGACAUUGAAGAGUCUCCGGGGGGCGGCGGUGGUGAUGUUAGUCGCCCCGCUAAAGAUGUGAGGCGGGCGGGCGUCGCCGCAGCGUCCAAGAAGCGCGACACCUGACUGCCUGUCGGAGAAUGACACCGCCGGUGCGGGCAGUGACGUCAUCAGACUCCAUGGCGGAACUGUUACCAGAUAUGGAAGCAUCCCCAACACAUCCCGGCCGCUCUCCUCCCACCACAGUGAGAACAGACUCCCUGCCUCCAAGGCCGUCCGCCAGCCCACCAUCCCCAAAUAAGACGACCACAAACCUCUCCACACCGACACCAUCCUCCUCCUCGUCACCAUGCUUCUCGACGACACCGCGUCUGUGUUCCCGCUCCUCCUCGCUUUCCACGCCGACUUCUUCUCCGCUGCGCUGGCCUGUCAGAAGCCCCUCUCAGCUGGGGAGAGCUCAGCUCAACGCGGCCUCUUCCGUCAGUGCUGGAGCGCCUACCUCGCCUGAAACAGAGGAUCCAGAGGAGGAGGUCAGUCUUGAGGACGUGGCGGAGAGGGCAAAGUCAGGUGAUGCUAAAUCGCAGACCAAGAUGGGCCGCGUCUUCCUGGCUCUGGCACAAGAUAGAGAUGAGGAGCUGAACAACUGCACCGCCGUCACCUGGCUGGUCCAGGCUGCCAAACAGGGCCGCAAGGACGCCGUGAAGCUGCUGCAACAGUGCUUAGGCUCCAGGAAAGGCAUCACUCUAGAAAACUACAACGAGGUGAGGAAGCUGUGCAUGGAAACACGCUUUGAGAGGGGAGUUCGGAAAGCGGCCCUGCUCAUGUACUGGAAGUUGAACCCGGAAAGGAAGAAGUCGGUGGCUGUUGCAGAGAUGCUUGAGAACGUAGAACACGUCCGCACAGAUCAAGACAAACCAGUCGCCCCAGGGCCUCUGAACAGCUCCGCUAAGAAACAAAGGAGAGUGCUGGAGACCAUGGUCACCAGCGAGUUCUCCCAUGUUGGGAUGGAUGAAUUUGUAGAGAUGACAAAGAAGUACGCUCAGGGACUAGCGCCGCCUCCCGCCAUGGCGGCCGUGUCCACCAGCGAUGAAGACGACGAGGACGACGAUGUUGUCAAGAAUCCAGACGAGCUGCCCUUACAUCAAAAGCAGCUGCUGAAGUUCCCCCUGCACGCCCUCCUGGAGAUCAAGGAGCACCUGAUCGACUGGGCGUCUCGUGCUGGCAUGCAGUGGCUGAGCGCCCUCAUCCCCACGCAUCACGUCAACGCACUCCUCUUCUUCUUCAUCAUCUCCAACCUCACCAUUGAGUUCUUCAUCUUCCUCAUCCCUCUGCUGGUUUUCUACCUCUCCUUCUUCUCCAUGGUCAUCUGCACACUGCGGGUAUUCCAGAAUUCCAAAGCUUGGGAGAACUUCCGAGCUCUGACUGACCUGCUGGCUCACUUUGAACCUGGUCUGGAUGUGGAGCAGGCUGAGACCAACUUUGGUUGGACUCACUUGGAGCCUUAUUUGUACUUCUUGCUGUCCGCGGUCUUCGUGGUGUUCUCCUUCCCCGUGGCGGACAAGUCGUGGAUCCCGUGUUCGGAAAUGGCGGCGGUGGCGUUCUUCUUCACGGUCACCGCCUUCCUCAGCCUCCACGCCUCCGCCAAGCUGUUGGCCCGCCGAGCUGUGCUCAGCCAUGUUCUUUCGGGGGCGUGCUCCCUGGCUCACCUGCUGCCGGACGCCCUGUGGCCCCUGAGGGUCUUGGGCAGGACGUUUGUGUCGGUGCCUGUGGGCGAGGCCUUAGCGUUGAACGUGGGCGUGCCGUGCGUCCUCUACGCCCACCUGGUCUACCUUCUGUUCCGCAUGGCCCAGCUGAGAGGCUUCAAGGGGACCUACCUGUGUCUCGUGCCUUACCUGGUCUGCUUCACCUGGUGCGAGCUCUGCCUGGUGUUCCUCAAUCACGCCACCGCCAUCGGCCUCAUACGCACCUGCGCCGGCUACCUCCUCUUCCUGUUCGCCCUUCCUGUUCUCUCCUUAGGCCUGGCCGCCGUGCUGGUCCUGCAACUCCUGCACUGGUUCCUGGCCUUGGAGAUCACCAAGAUGGUUGUGACGCUGACCGUCUGCUCGGUGCCCGUGGUUUUGAGGCUUUGGACGCGCUUCAGCUUGAACCCCAUCGUGGUCUUCCGCUCGCUGUCCAGGAGCAGCGUGGUGAAACUCAUCCUGGUGUGGCUCAGCGCCGUGGUCCUCUUCUGCUGGAUGUACGUGUACAGGUCCGAGGGCAUGAAGGUCUACAACUCCACCCUCACCUGGCCGCAGUACAGCGCCCUCUGCGGGCCCGCGGCGUGGAAAGAGUCCAACAUGGCGCAAACCCAGAUCACCUGCUCGCACCUGGAGGGGCACCGCGUCACCUGGACGGGGCGCUUCAAGUACGUGCGCGUGACCGACAUCGAGAACGGGGCGCAGGCGGCCAUCAACCUGCUGCCCGCGCUCGUAGGCGACUGGAUGCGCUGUCUCUACGGCCAGCCGUAUCCCGCCUGCGGGAAUCCCACCUCGGCGGGGCCUCGGCCGUUCCCCCCGCACGACCCCCUGUGCCGACUCAAAGCGCUUGCCAAGCACGACUGCCACGUCAAGCGCUUCGACCGCUACAAGUUCGAGGUCACCGUGGGCAUGCCGCUGGAGAGGAAGAGCAGGGACGGCACGCUGGUGGAGGACGAGGACGCCACCAAGGACAUCGUGCUGCACGCCAGCAACGAGUUCAAGUCGCUGCUCCUGCACUUGAACACGGGCAGCGUGGCCGAGUUCAGCACCGUCCUGGAAGGCCGUCUGGGCUCCAAGUGGCCCGUCUUCGAACUCAAAGCCAUCCGCUGCCUGUCCUGCGGCGACGCCCACCUGCCCCACCGCCGCCAGUACAAGAUCGAACACGACUGGCGGCGCGCCGCUCGCAGCUCGCUGCAGUUUGGCUUCGACUUCUUCUUCAAGCCUUUCCUGACCGCACGACUGCCGUCUGACGCUGACGCUGACCUUGCCACAGAGGAGGGCUAGAAAACCGCACAAAAAUAACCAAAAUGUGUUUGUGAUGGUCCUGGCAGAUUUCGGUAUUACUUGUUGAGGCAUAAAGAUGGCUAUGUGGACUAAAAACAUCAAGACUACAGCAGUGAUGGCCCCCCCGACGACACUAAACCAAUCACAGUGCACGCCUCAGCGUGGCGGCCUCUGAUUGGCUCAGCCUCCAUUGCAGUCUUGUUUUCUCACCUCAGAAAACACUUGGCACCACCAUGAUGACCCACAUGUAAAAUGCAGUAGCGUAGCAGGCCUAGGCAGUCAUUAAAAACGAGGCAGGGGUUUAACAAACACGUUUAUUUCUUUGGCCACAGUUUGAACGAGAGGUGGGAAUCUUUGCAUCAUUUAUGCAGCUUUGAUUUAUUUACAGUACAGGCCUAAGGUUUGGACACCCUCUCCACAUUAAAUGCCUUUUCUUUAUUUUCAUGACUAUUGUACAUUGUCACAUCAAAACUAUGAAUGAGCACGUGGAGUUAAAAAGGUGAAAUACCGGAAAACAUGUUUUAUAUUCUACUUUCUUCAAAAUAACCACCCUUUGCUCCGAUUACUGCUUUGCACACUCUUGGCAUUCUCUCCAUGAGCUUCAAGCACACCUGUGAAGUGAAAACCAUUUCAGGUGACUACCUGUUGAAGCUCAUCAGGAGAACGCCAAUGUGCAAAGCGUGGCUAUUUUGAUGAAACUAAAAUAUAAAACAUGCUUUCAGUUAUUACACCUUUUUUUUUUUUGUUAAGUACAUAACUCCACAUGUUCAAUCAUAGUUUUGAUGUGACUAUCUACAAUGUAAAUAGUCAUGAAAACACAUUGAAUGAGGAGAAGGUGUGUUCAAACUUUUGGCCUGAACUGUAUGUUGAUGCAGUUUUACUUUUCUUUUACUGAAUAAGUGUUUGUUAAUUGCAACUUUAAAAAUAGUGCAUUUGUUAAAAGAAACAGUUCAUUUAAUUCCCACAUUUAUUAAGUUAAUGCAAAGUCUACAAAACUGGAGCACAAGUGCCAUAAAAUAAAGCAGCUGGUGGGAUCUUUGGUGAGGCGACUAGUUGCAGUCAGACACCUUUUACAACUGUCUGCAUGACUUAUGUACGAUAAAAACAUUGAUUGUUUACUAAUUGAUUUGUAUAAUCGUCCAUGUCAGAAUUGCAACCCAAUUUAAAAUGUUUUAUUUCCCCGCCUCUAGCUUGAACAGUAACACUGUGUUUGAAUAUAAGAAUAUGAAACGCUGCACUUAAGUCAUUCUUUGACGCGCCACUAGAUGGAGCCUGUGCACCACUUAGAGAAUCCCAACUAUGUUAAACUAAAGUGUUCUUUCAUACCGAGAAGAGGGCUGCAUAAUGUUGGAAAUACAACACUGGAUUUAUAAUAAAUAAUUCCUAUUUAGUGGCUGAUUAAUAGCGAUUACAAUAAGGAUGAUUGUUUUUUUGGAAUUCCAUUUGAUUAAUUUUUCAACACUAAACCUGCUAAAGUUGAUCAUAUUCACUACACUCUUGGUAUUAUUAUUGUUGUUGUUGUUAUUACCCAGCAUUGUCAUGUUUUGUUCAAGAUGGCCUAAAAACUAAUUUCACACACACUAAACAUUUACAGAGUCGUUUGCAUUUCUGCAUUUAUGGAGUCUUUUACAUUUUGAACGUCACUAUUCCGAUUAUUUAUUGUGUUUAUCAUUGCUUGUGUUCAAAAGCCUGCUGUGCAGGAAGUCAACUUGCUGAACGAUUACGUUUAAACCAGGAUCAUCUUUCAAUUGUGAGCCAUAAAAUAUGUCAAAAAACACUUGCUUUAUUUUCAUGAUUGUAAAGCUUUACCGUGAAUUUAGAAAAUGUUGCUGUAACCUAUUUUUAUGGACUUGCCUCUUUGGGAUGUUAAAUUCCCGUUAUGAACUGUAUUAAAGUAUUUGCCCUGAGCCCUUAUUUUGAAGGAGCUGAGAGCGGAAGUGGUGACACGUUGCAGUGGAGCGGAGUUUUGAACAACAAAAUAAAUAAAGUUGUCCUCGUGUAAAACUGGA